GCGAAGCAAAUAGCACGAGGCAUGGAUUUCGGACAUAUUUCGUCUAUUUUAUGCCUUCUGGCAGUUUUCCUGUCCACGCUACCGGAUACAAAUAAUGCUCUCACAAGCGAUGAGGUUCGAGAUUAUGUGAAAAAAGCCAUCAAAGCUGGAGAGAAGACCUUAAAAGAGUACAGGAAAGAGCUGCGUAAAUUUAAAGACAAAGGCGUCGACAAGGCAGGAGAUUCUUCAAAGGAUGAACUGGACAUGAUCAGCAAAAGAAAAAGAGAAGCCGAAAAGUUAUCCCUGAAUGGGAUUAUUUCCAUUGAAGUUACCCGUACCUUGGUGGAGCAAACUGGUAUGACCACAGAAGAAUUGGCGUCUCACCCUGAGCUCCGACAAGAAUUCGAGUCAGAAUUUUGCCCGGAUGUAAAACAACAGAACUGUAACAAAGCGAAACAGAGCGCUUACAGAUCGGUAGACGGGGGAUGCAAUAAUAUUGAUCACCCAGAGUGGGGCGCUGCCAUUACACCACAGCCGCGCUACCUACCUGCAGAGUAUGACGAUGGAAUCACUUCUCCACGAAGAACUAGUAAAGAUGGAAGCCCUCUUCCCAGCACUCGAUUGGUCAGUAAUAAGCUAUUUCGAGUGGCUGGGAAUUGCACCGAGACUGACUACACCCAGACCCUUAUGGUGAUGGUGUGGGGUCAGUUUAUUGACCACGAUAUAGUAUCUACACCUGUAACACAAGGAAUUGAUGGAGCUCCAAUCACAUGUUGUGGAGAUGAAGUAGAAAAAAGAGAAGAUUGUUUUCCCAUCUCAAUUCCGGCGGAUGAUCCUCAUUUUACUACGGGCUGUAUGAAUUUUGUUAGAUCCGCACCCGCACCUCCAUUUGAUGGCUGCCAGCCAGGUGCGAGGGAAAAUAUUAACCAGAUAACGUCUUUUAUUGAUGGAGGGGUUGUAUAUGGCGAUUCAAGAAAGGCUUGGCUUGAUCUCGCAGAUACAAGUACAGGAAGUAUGAUGACGUCAGAGGGGAACAUGUUACCGAUAGGAGGAACUUGUAGGCCAAGUAACACAUUAACUCAGUGUCAACUUGCUGGUGAUCAUCGUGUAAAUGUUGUUCCGUCACUGGGAGGGGCUCAUUUGGUGUUCGUACGUGAACACAAUAGAAUAGCAGAGGAACUUCGUAAAGUAAGGCCUGACUGGGGACCAUCAAAAGUAUAUCAAGAAGCCAGGAAAAUUAUAGGAGCUCUUCUACAACAAAUUACCUACGGAGAAUAUAUACCUGCCACUCUUGCAGAAAGUGAUCUCGUUAAAUUUAACCUUAAGUUAAAAAGGAGGGGUUUUAGCAAUAGCUAUAAUGACAGUCUAAACCCGGCCGCCAAAAACGUUUUCAAUGCAGCCGCAUUUAGAUUUGGACAUUCGCAGAUUCCACCAACACUGGCAUAUGUUCUCCGUGACUACAUGACUCGUGUUCAAGCUACCCCCAUGGAAUCUACAUUUCUUGAUCCGCAAAUGUUAGUCACACAGAACGGUAAAAGGGUGGACGAUCUAACGCGAUUUAUCGUUACUUCCAAUGGAAUGAAAGCGGACGGUCAGUUUGAACCAGCGGUUCGGGAUCGUUUGUUCGAGGACGCAAAUGGUAACAGUUUUGACCUUGGUGCAUUAAACCUUCAGAGAGGUCGCGAUCAUGGACUUCCGCCGUAUAACUCCUGGCGGAGGUGGUGUGGACUUCCUGUUGGUACCUCUUUCAGUGAUUUACCAGACAUUAGCGAAGAGAACAGAGUAAUAUUUGCAGAUUUGUAUAGUGAAGUAGACGAUAUUGACGUUUAUGCUGGUGGAAUGGUAGAGAAACCAGUCAAAGGAGCUAGUGUCGGGCCCCUGUUCUCGUGUAUUAUUGGAAACCAGUUCAAAGAUCUGAAAGACGGUGACAGAUACUGGUACGAAAGCCAAGGAAAGGAAGGUUUCACUGGAGCUCAAUUGCGAGAAAUCCGUAAAGUCAAGCUGUCUAAAAUUCUGUGUGAUAACUUCGGUGUGGAUCCAAUUCAACCGGACGUCUUCCAUGUUCCCACUCCAAGAAAUGAUUGGAGGAGAUGUGAUCAGCUUCCUGGAAUUGACUUUUCAGCGUGGAAGUUGAGAUCAAAUACUAGCAGGGGGAGAAACUAAACAGUUCAUAUUAUUUCAUCAUUCAUCAAUAAAGAUGAAAAAAACAUUAA